AUGAAGGUAGGAAUAAAUGGAAUGGGGAGAAUAGGAAAGCUGGUGUACAGAAUCCUAAGAGAAAGAGGUGUUGAGGUCCCGCUUGUGAACGAUAAGAACCUCAAUGUAGAGCAGGUACAGCAUGUUCUGAAGUAUGACAGCGUAUUUGGAAAGGCCAAGGAGUGUAAGGUUGAGGGCAACAAGAUUUCAUACCUAGGGAAGGAGACGUGUCUGUCGAACUUCGAUAAGCCUGAGAAGAUCCCAUGGUCGAAGUAUGGGGUGGAUGCUGUUGUCGAGGCAAGCGGAGUGUUCACUGGGCUUAAGGAGUGUGAGAACCAUAAGGAUGUCAAGAUUGUUGUGGUUACUGCUCCAAGUAAAGACGUGCCCAUGUUUGUGUAUGGAGUCAACCAUCAAGACUAUGCGUCCCAGAGAAUCAUCAGUAAUGCAAGCUGUACUACUAACUGCCUAGCGCCCCUUGCCAAGAUCAUCGACGACAACUUUGGGAUUGUGGAGGGACUGAUGACAACAGUGCAUGCAGUAACAGCCACGCAGAAUAUUGUUGAUGGAAUAGGGAAGUCCAGCAGAAGCGGAAGAUCGGGGAUGAACAACAUAAUUCCUGCAAGUACCGGUGCAGCAACCUCGGUGGGCAAGGUGAUUCCAUCUCUUGCCGGAAAGCUUGAUGGAAUGGCCAUGAGGGUUCCCAUCUCAAAUGUCAGUGUGGUGGAUCUUGUUUGCAGAACAAGGAAGGAAACAAGCAUCGAAGAAAUAGCAAAGGCCGUUGAGAAGUUCUCAGAAGAAAAUGGAGGAAUCGUCGGGACAACCAGAGACCCUGUGGUAAGCUCUGAUUUCAUUGGAGACCCAAGAAGCUCUGUGUUUGACAUCAAUGCAAGCAUUUCAAUGGGGCCCAACUUCUUCAAGAUCAUCAGCUGGUACGAUAACGAAUACGGAUACUCAUGCAGGGUAUGCGACCUGCUAAAGUAUGCAUACUCGAAAAGAAAGUGA